AUGACCACUCUUCUGAAGAAGCCACUGAAGCUUGCGUUGGUGCAACUUGCAUCGGGCGCGGACAAGGCCGCUAACCUCUCCCACGCGCGCAACAAAGUCCUGGAGGCAGCCAAGGCGGGCGCUCGUCUCAUCACCCUUGACCCCUCUCCGCCAACGAAAGAACAAUCGCCAUCCUUCCACGCUCUUUCCGCCAUCGCCGCUGAAGCCAACGCGUACUUGAUUGGCGGCAGCAUUCCAGAGCUGGAGACCUCAACCAAGAAAUUCUAUAAUACUUCGCUAGUUUUCUCGCCCACCGGGUCGCUGAUCGGGACGCACCGCAAGACCCAUCUCUUUGACAUCGAUAUCCCGGGGAAGAUCCAAUUCAAAGAGAGCGAAGUGCUAUCACCUGGGAAUCAAUUAACCGUGAUCGACCUACCGGAGUAUGGCAAGAUCGGCCUGGCGAUAUGCUACGAUAUUCGGUUCCCAGAGGCUGCCAUGAUCGCCGCCCGCAAGGGCGCGUUCCUCCUGGUGUACCCUGGCGCUUUCAACACGACCACUGGGCCGUUGCACUGGUCGCUUCUUGGGAGGGCUCGUGCCGUGGAUAACCAGUCAUAUGUGGCGCUUUGCUCUCCUGCUCGGGACCCGGAGGCGGGCUACCAGGCAUACGGACAUACUCUGAUUGCGGAUCCAAGCGCAAACAUCUUGGGCGAGGCGCAGGAGUCGGAGACUAUCAUCUAUGCAGACUUGGAUAACGAGACUAUCACGAGUGUCCGGAAGAACAUCCCUAUCUAUACUCAGCGUCGCUUUGAUUUGUACCCUGAUGUCAGUGGGGAGGCUUCGAAAUAG